CACUCUAAAAGAUUUCACCUAGUAAUAUGUAUCACUUGACGUGGAGCACUCCAUUCCCAAACCUAUAAAUACACAUGCAAAUCACCUGAUAUAACCAUAAAUCGAACACCUAACUGAAAAAAACUAUAGAAACAUUACUAGCUAAAAUGUUAAAUCAAAUGCAUAGAUUUUCUUACACAAUCUGCUUCUUGCUGUUCUUGAUUGCCACCGGAACCCUAAGAUUACACCGUUUCGCCGAAGGCCUACAACGUAGGAUCCACGUUUCCGACGAUCUUAACGACGUCGUAGACAAUGAGGAGGGCGAAGAACUGAAACAAUGGGGCGAAAAGAAAACCGCAAACUCCGAGUCCGACCCGCCGCCGAAUGAUGUCGAAAAAAUGAGCCCAUCGGAUAUCCAGUCUGAAAUGAUGAAGCGGGUUCUAGGACCCGUUUUCGGAUUCGUUAAGCUCCGACCCGGAACUCGUCGGACUCCGGAGAUGGUUACUCAUAUUGCCAAGCGAUGGGUCAAUCUAGCAAGAAGUGUAGCAAUUGAGACAAAGUUCAUAGGUGUUGAUUGGACCACAAUAAUGUUCACCAUGGAAAAAGGUCGAGAUACAACAGAGUUGAAAAUGUUUUUGCUGGAACAAGAAGAAGCAUAUGAGAUCAAAAUAGGGGACCAACUAUUUCGAAGACCAGGUGACCCUCCUUUUGAUGAAGUAUUCGAGAUUGAGGAAGAGAAGAGCAGGCACUCAGAGUUAUAAUGGCUAGAACCAAUCCCUUCUUUUCUCCUCUAUUUCAUUUGUACAUUGGUUCAUUCUUCCGUGCAGCUCGUUUAACAAUCCUCCAAACAACAUCUAUAAAGAGACAGGUUACUGGACAUGGCUGACAUCUUACCCCUCACUCUUUAGUUGGGUAUCCGGUAUUUGUAUUGGUGAACAUUAAUAGUGAUUCUUUUGAACGAUCAAUAUGUAUGCAAACUUGCACGAACACCAUUAUUAUAAGUUACUAUUAAUAAAUAAAUAAAUCAUAUUCUGCCUAUUA